AUCCAAAGACUGUACUUUGUUUUGUUGUAGGUUCAGGAUGCUGGGCAAGAGAUGGUGGCGUCUUCUGUCACACCAGGAUCAGGCAAAUCAAAGCUGGACACAUUGCCCAGAGAAGAUCUCAUCAAGUUUGCAAAAAAGCAAGUGAUGCUUAUACAGAAAGUGAAGUCAAGAUGUACAGAACUAGAGAAAGAGAUUGAAGAACUCAGAUCUAAAGCAGCUACUGGAGGAGCUGAUGAUAUUAUUCAGGCUCUCACAGAAAGACUGGAUGUUGUACUUCUUGAAAAAGCUGAAAGUCAGCAGCAGUGCAUAGCUCUGAAAAAAGAAAAUACUCAAACAAAACAAGAAGCAGAGGCUGCAGUGGCUAAGACAGAAGAAUUGCAGAAGCAACUGGAGCAAUCAAGUAUUGACUCUCUGAAAGAAAUAAAAGCUCUGAAGAGUGAAUUAGCAAACGCACAAUGCAAACACAAUGAGGACUUAACAAAGCUGAAAAUGGAAUUAGAGGAACAAGUGAAGAAACAAAUGGGGCUGGUGGAACAGAUUGAAUGUCAUAGUGAUAGUCAGAAAGAAGUUAAAAGAUUACAAGAUGAUGUCCAGAGAAUUAAAUCUACUUAUGAGGAGCAAAUUUCGUGUCUGAGCAAGCAGUUGGAAACUAUGAAUGAAGAUAAAAACAGAGAAGUGACAAAUCUACAAGAAACUAUUAAAAGCAACUCUCAGUGUUACCAUAAUGAAAUAAAAAAUCUGAAUGAAGAGCUUAAAAAAUUAAAAAUUGCCCAUCAGGAAGAGGUGUCAGAGUUGAUGCAUCGUAUUGAAAUAUCAUCUAAAGAAAAUGAAGAAAAGCAAAAUCAAAUAAAUCAGUUACAGCACAGUUUGGCAGAGGGGAGAUUAAUAGAGAAAAAUGCAAAGGAUGAAAUGUGUGCUUGUACUGACCAGUGUGAAUAUGACUUGGAGGAGCUGAGAAAAAUCUUAAAUAAAAAUGUAGAAAAAAAGAUAGAUGUUGUAGAUGCACAAGAAGAACCUUGUAUAGAAGCAAAAUUGGAAGAAAAGGUUAGGCAGCUGGAGCAUAGUUUAGAAGAGCUCCAGUCCCAACAUAGUAUAUUAAAAGAUGAGUUAACUUACAUGAGUAAUGUUAAACUAAAACUGGAGGAGGAAAUUCAUCGCAUAAAGGAUGAGUACUUUCAUGAGCGGGAAGACUUGGACUUUAAGAUAAAUGAAUUGCAGCUUACUAAAGAAGAUUACUGUUGUGUAAUUGAAAAGCUAAAAUUGGAUCUUCAAGCAGCAAGACAGCACAGUGAAACUGCUGUAAAAGAGCAUGGGUUAGAGACUCAAACUCUGAAAGAGCAACAUAAGAGAGAAAUUUCUGAACUAAAUGAAACUUUAAUAUCUGGUUUUGAAAAAGAAAAGAUGUCGUUAGUUUUUGAAAUGCAGGAACUUGGAGAACAACUUGAAAAGCUAACCCAGGAGAAAGAAGAAGCAGUGUCCAGUUACAACAGCCUGAGAGAAACAAUGGAAAAUCUACAGACUGAGCUAGGGGAAUCUGCUGGAAAGAUCAGCCAGGAGUUUGAAUCAAUGAGACAACAACAAGCUUCUGAUGUCAGUGAACUGCAGCAGAAACUCCGAGCUGCUUUCAAUGAAAAGGAUGUUCUUCUUGAAACUGUGAAUCGUCUCCAGGAAGAAACAGAAAAAUUGUCAUCCAGUCGCCUAGAGAUAGAAGAACUUAAAUGUAAAAUUGUUAGUCUUCAGGAGGAGAAUAACACAAUAACAAGCACCAUCAACCAAAAAGAGACUGCUAUGAAAGAACUGGAAGAGACAAUCAUUGCUCUUACUGAUCAAAACAGAGAUAUUUUAAAUGAAGUAAAAUGCUUGGGUGAAGAGAGAGAAACCCUUAAGGAAAGAUGCAAGCAAGAACAAGGCAAAGUUCAGGAACUUCAGCAAGAAUUAAGUGUUGCUAACCAGUACAAUAGCAACCUGAAGAAAAAGGUGGAGGAAUUAACAGAGAGACUGAAUGAAGCUUUAACUUGGAAGAAUGAAAAUGCUCAAACACUAGAACAACUGGAAAACCAGAUUGAAUCUGUGGUGCAUGAAAGAGAGAACCUUUCAUCUGAAGCAUAUACUCUUCGUGAGGAAAAUAAGAAAAUCAUUCAGGAAAAAUGCAAAUUAAGUGAAGAGCUGGAAAAAAUUACAUCUGAAAAAGAUGGUUGGUUAGUGUUGAAAGAUCAAUCUGAAAACUUAGAAAAGAAACUACAAAUGAUGACUGCAGAAAAAGACCGUAUAUCAACAUUACUUGAAAGUGAACAAGCACACAGAUCCCUUGUUAGAACUCAGCUGUACCACUUACUUGAGCAAGUGGGGUCCAGCAUUUCAGAUUCACAUGAGCAAUAUGAUUCACUUCACUUGUUACAAAUUGCAGAUGAAUACUUGGCAAAAAUGAAGGAAGAGCAGUGCCUUGCUGUACAGAACGAGGAGAAUGUUCUUCGUUUACAGCAGGAAGUUGAGAGACUAGAGGAAGAAAAUGCAGCUCAAUAUACAGAACAUAGAUCCCUGAUUAAGGAUUUUGAAAAAGAAAAGGAUCUCUUAAGAGAAGAACUGGAAGGAGUGUUGUCUGAAAAAGAAGCACUUCAACAUGAUAUCCAGGAGCUGAAGAAUGCCAGUGAAAAAACAAGGAUUGAAAAUCAAGAUCUUUUAGUUAAUAUUGAAGAGAUCACUCAAAAACUUGCUUUUUGUGAAAGUCAAAUACAAGAACAGCAGAAAGGAUCAGAAAUACAAGACAACUUAAAUGUCAUUCUGGAACAAAAGGAAACUGAGCUUAGAAAUGUGAAAGACGAACUGAGUUCUCUAAAGAAUUUAAUGGAGACACUGACUGAGAAAACUGAUCAACAGUCUUCAGCAGCAGAGCUUCAAGAAAAAAUUGGAAGGCUGGAAAAAGAAUCUGCAGAAAAAGGAGAGAAACUAAAUAAAAUCAAGGUUGUUGCUGUGAAAGCAAAGAAAGAAUUAGAUGCCAGCCGAAAAGAGAUGCAGACUCUGAGGGAAGAAUUGGAGUUGGUUCGAUCAGAAAAAGAUCAGUUGUCUGCUUCAAUGAAAGAUGUCAUUCAAGGAGCUGAAAGCUAUAAGAAUCUUUUGAUGGAAUAUGAUAAGCAAGGAGAACAGCUGGAUUCUGAAAAAGGUAGAGCAAAUAAUCUUGAACAUCAGGUAGAUGACCUCACCAGACAGCUACAGGUGUCAUCCCAGCAGCAUGAUCAGUUACACUCUGCUAAUGAAGACCUCCUGGCUCGUGUUGAAACACUGCAAUGUAAUGCUAAGCUGCUGGAAACUCAGAUACUGGAGAUGCAAAGAGCCAAGGCAAAGGUUGACAAAGAACUAGAAGCCGAAAAGCUUCUGAAAGAACAGAAGACAAAGGAGCAUACUGGUGCUCUUCAAGAAAUGGAGGAGCUUCAGAUGCAACUUCAGAAGGAAAAGAAACAUCUGCAGAAAACUAUGCAAGAACUAGAGCUGGCCAGAAAGGACGCUCAAAAGAGUACACUGAUGGAUAUGGAAAUAGCUGAUUAUGAAAGGCUAGUAAAAGAACUUAAUCAGAAGAUUACUGAUAAAGACAGCAGAAUAGAAGAUCUUGAGCAAGAGACAGGAAUUCAGAAACAGAAGCAAGAGACCCUCCAGGAAGAAAUAAAAUCACUUCAGUCAACUAUGCAACAGGAUGAGGAAAGAAAUGUCAAGAUAAAACAACUUCUGGUGAAAACCAAAAAAGAACUGGCUGAUUCAAAACAAGCUGAAAAUGACCACCUAAUGUUGCAGGCAUCAUUAAAAGGGGAACUGGAAUCCAGUCAACAACAAGUGGAAGCCUAUAAGAUUCAAGUGGCUGUACUAACGUCAGAAAAGCAUAAAAUUCAGGAACACCUGCGAACUUCUUCAGAGCAACACCAGCGUACAUUGAGUUCUUACCAGCAAAAAAUUGCAACCUUGCAAGAAGAGUGCAGAGCAGCCCAGGCUGAACAAGCAUCUGUUACAUCUGAAUUCGAGAGCUACAAAGUCCGUGUUCAUAAUGUUCUGAAACAGCAAAAGAACAAAUCUGCUUCUCAGACAGAAUCUGAGGGAGCCAAACAAGAAAGACAACAGUUGGAAAUAGCAAUAGAUCAACUUAAAGUUAAGCUACAAGAUGCUCAGCAUAAUUCACAGAUGAAUGCGUCUGAACUCCAGGCGUUGCAGUCUGAACACGACACCCUGCUGGAAAGACACAAUAAGAUGCUGCAAGAGACUGUUGCAAAAGAGGCAGAACUCCGUGAAAAGCUCUGCACAAUACAGUCUGAGAACAUGGUCAUGAAAACAGAGCAUGCCCAGACUUUGAGUCAGCUGACAGCGCAGAAUGAAGCUCUCCGGAACAAUUUCAGAGAUCAAGUCAGAAACCUGCAAGAAGAGCACAGGAAGACAGUAGAGACACUUCAGCAACAACUGUCCAGAGUAGAAGCUCAGCUCUUCCAACUGAAGAGUGAAUCAAGCACUAGAGGUCCAACUGUUUCAAAUCCAGCAACGAAGAACUUGAGAGAACGGCGAAACACUGACCUUCCUGUACUCGAUGUGCACACUGUAGCUAGGGAAGAGGGAGAAGGUAUGGAAACAACAGACACAGAGUCUGUCUCUUCAACAAGCACCUAUGUACCAUCCUUGGAACAACUUUUGAACUCCCCCCAAGCAAAACAUGAACCAUCUCAGUGGCAAACAGAAGUCACCAAGGAUGAACUGAUUCAGAAACUAAACACAACAGCGAAGAGUGCUGAUCACUUGAAUGAAUUACUUCGUGAAUCAGAAGCCACCAAUGCGAUCCUAAUGGAACAAAUAAAGCUUCUUAAGAAUGAAAUAAGAAGAUUGGAAAGAAAUCAAGAGAGAGAAAAGUCUGUGGCUAAUCUAGAAUACCUGAAGAAUGUCCUAUUGCAGUUCAUAUUUCUAAAAUCAGGAAGUGAGAAAGAAAGGCUGCUCCCGGUAAUAGACACCAUGUUGCAGCUCAGCCCUGAAGAGAAGGGGAAGCUUGUUGCAAUUGCCCAAGGUGAGGAAGAGAGUACCUCACGGCCCUCUGGGUGGGCUUCGUACCUCCACAGCUGGUCAGGACUUCGAUGAGAUAGUAGAAACGCUGAAUCUUUAAACGCAUUCCACAGUUGAAAAAAAGAGAAAUCUUCAUGUAGAAGAACAAUCUGUUGGUUUUGUAGCACUGAACUACAGGUUUUUAUUUGUGUGUGUUAUUUUCAGCUUUUUAGGCUCUUCUAAGAAAGAAUCCCUCAGUAGCUCUGGAAGACUGCCCUGUAUUAUGCUCUAAGAGCAGUGAACUAUUAAUCUUGUAAAUGGUAAAGCUGAUGCUCAGAAAUAUAAUGAGAAGUGACAAAUUAAUUGCAGAUUGCUUGGAAACAAUUUGACAAACCUGUGAUGGCUCUUUUGACAUUGAUUUAAAAACUUGAUCUAAUAUAGUAACUGGAAUAACUAGACUUUAGACUUAAAGCAUUUUAAAUUGUUUACAGUUUCUUUCACGAAUUUUUGUCAGAUUGUUAAUCUAUAUGGUUAGUGUUAUUCUCUGCAUGUUGAAGAAAUUAAAAUUGAAUUAUUUCUUUUCUGGUGAUGCUUACAAAAUCUAAGAUUAUUAAGAAACAGAAAUGCCAUUUUCUGCUUUGACUUGACUAAAUUUUUAGCCUUGGUUGUUUUUUAUGUUUUUUUCAAAAGCUGGAUUGAAAAUAUGAGGGCAACUGUCCACAAAAUGUAGAGGGUGCCUAAAACUAUGUGAAAUAUAAUGCUUGGCACAUCUGGAGCGUGGUAUUUUAGUAGAGGUUAAUGGCACCUGUGGAAGUCUUGGGAUAGUGCUUCAAGAAUCAGAGGUCGUAAGUGACCUGAAGCUUUGGGGGAAAGGGCUUAAACUGUGGCUUUUUACCCUGAGGUUGGAAGCCUGUGUUAAGACCAGGAAGGAAUGUUUCAUUACUCUAGGGAUAGUUGUACUUAAAUAAAAAGACUACUCAUACCUACUUAGAUUCUUCCUUAGUGUCUUCAGUAUGACGGAGUUUGUAGGUCAGACUCCUGACAAUAACUUCUGAGAGAAAAGGACAGAACUUUUGUCGAUAGAUGCAUCUUUUAAAAUGUUCUAAUGAUUGAAGAUGUUAUAUCUUUCUCUCACUUCUCUGUGUUUGCACAAAUCUUUUGCACAGACGAAAGAAUUUCUGUUCCAGGUUAUUCAACAGAAUGUUUAGUUUUCUUCAAGAAAAAUAAAUCUCUGCCAUAGAAUUACUACUUGUAUUAUCAAGACAGCACCUUUCUUUCACUUCAGUCUUCUUUCCCCUUCCCAGUCACCAUCCUAAUUUAUUUAUAAGUUAUUAAAAUGUGAACACAUGUUUUUAAACCCUGAUUACCAUUCAGCCAAUCUUUACAUCUUUUUCACUCCUUUUUCACUCGUCAUGUUCCCUGUACUGUUUUACGAAGAAUCAUUUCCUAGAAUACAUGCCAAUACUAAAUAGUAUUCUUCCUUUCCUGUCUGUCUUAGUUGAGGCCCUGCGGAAAUGAUGCUCAUUCUUUUAAUAUGGCCUUAUUCAGGGCUGAGAUGGAUCUGGACAUAGUAACAGCCGAAAGGCAGCACACAUUGCGAAUAAACUGUUCAGUAAGUGUGCUUUCAGUUUGUUUGCCCCAUGUAUAUAUUUCAGUACACAAUCAACAAAGCCCUUUCCCCUUCCAGUGUGUGUCUUAACUAGAGUCUUCAUGCUACCAGCGAAAACAUUCUCUGUGUACUUUCAGGUUAUCGAACUGAUAAGUAGUAGCAUGGGGACCAGUCUUUUAGAUAUCUGUAGCUUGGAAGUGUAGAUGGUAAAUGUGAGGCUACAUUUAGGCUUUCUUGUAUUUGCUUUUGAAAUGAUUGCCAUCUCCAACAUUCACGAUUUGCUCCAGAUCUCGGACGUUGAAUUCAAACUCCUUAUUCACAGCUGGAUUUGGUUAAUGUCACUCAAAAGAAUGCCAAAACAGAGCGACAGGAGAGAUUUGAAAUAUGCAUAAAAAUAAGUGCAAGUCAUUCUCCUGCUGUGAUUUUAACAAUGGAAGCACAUGAGUGGAAGGCUAUGACUUUGUCUUACUUAGUUCAAAAUCAGUUUGCAGCUGACCUGAUGUAGUCUUUUCUGCACGAUGCUUGCUCAGCUAUCACUAAAGAGCUGUGACAAAUUCCUUUUAAAGUGCACAUAUUUCAGAACUGUAGAUUAUUUUACAUUGUAAGCUGUGAAUAAAUGUAUGCAAGUAACAUAUAUCACUGGCUGUAUUAAAUACCAGUUGCUUAUUGACUUACUUCAAGUCUAAGUUGCAUGCUCACUGUUUUUAGUAAAACUCAAGUAUUGUUCUUAACGAAUGUAGUGGACAACUUGCAUUACUAUUUUUUUUUUUACAAUGGAAGAUUAAGAUCUUAAUGUAAAAGUAUUUUAUUAACUGCUACUAAACUGUGUUCUGUUGCUGAGAUUGCCAGAACUUAUCUUUGUGGCAAUAAACUGUCUAUAAGCAAAUAUAUCAAAGUUUAAUAUACACUUGCAGUAAAUGGCAUAGAAGAGUGUGGACUGGAAGCAUAGAAAACUUUUUAUAUGUCAUAUAUUUGCAUUUGUAAUGUACAGCAUUGUAGCUGUGAUCUGCUUUCAAAAAGCAAUUUAAAGUUUAACUAGUACUGUUGCUUCUGAUAUACUGUGGUGCUCUUUUUUGGAAGAGCACUGUGCUGACUUUGCUUUCUGGUUCUUUUGGUUGGUUGGUUGGUUGGUUGUUUUUUUUUUUUACAGUGCUGCUGCCUGAAGAGUUUACAAGCUUAGGACCAAUUUUUACUCUUCUAUCAGCCUGCGUUCAGCCCAAGCCUAAGGAGUAUAUAUUAAAAAA